AUGAACGAUGGUUCGCAAAUCGAUUCUUUUAGCAAUCCGUUAUUAUCUGGCAUAGAGCUGAGUUGUAAUGUGUUUUUCAUACAUCAAGAUUCCAUCCUAAACUUCAUGGAUCAAUUCAUUGAGUGUCACGAUGAAGCCACUUACAGAAAUUCAGACAAGACUAUCAUUCUCCUCAUGGACAACGCACAACCUAAUGAAGAGAAUCUUCUCGAACAAAUAAGCGGGCGUCCCAAUCUUGUAGAAGUUAUGAAUUUGCUGAUUCUCAAACCUAUUGUCAAUAUGGAUUCGAUUGAUCUUCUAACCCAUCGUUUAGUUGGGCUUGCCGAAGAAUCCACCGACUUGCUUCUGUUGGAUGUCUUCGAUGUGGUCAACGAAACAUUUCGCUAUGGAGCGCCACUAUUCCCAGAUAAAAGCUCCAAUUUGCUUGGAAAACCUAUUCGAUUGGCGACGUUCAAUGUAACUCCGCAUGUUUUUAUUGAGAAAGGCGAGACUAGUGAUCCACUAGUAAAAUUAGGAAAUGAUGGGUAUCAAAUUGAUGGAAUCGGUGUUCUGCUGAUGGUGGAAUUCUGUCGACGAUACAACUGUUCGAUUGAACUGGUCUUUGACGAAAUUAAUAUGUGGGGUAAAGUCAAUGCUAACAAAACCGGUGACGGAGUUCUUGGGAAUUUGGUGGAAAGGAGAGCUGACAUUGGCAUUGGAGCGUUGCAUACUUGGUACGAGUACCUAAAGUAUUUGAGUUUUUCUAAGCUCAUUCAAAGAAACAGUGUCAGCUGUUUUGUGCCGAAACCAAAACUUCGGCCCGCAUGGAAAGACAUAUAUUUCGCCUUCUCAGUUCCUGUUUGGUACUCAACCGUAGUCGUUUUCUCCAUUAUUGUGUUUAUUCAUCAUUCAAUCGAUCGACUAAAUUUAUCAAAGAUUGAUCAACGCAGCAUUGCUCGAAAUUGCUUGAAUUUGUGGGCAAUAUUCCUCCAACAAACGGCUUACAUACGCAGACGAACUGUUUCUGAUGUUGUCCUAUCUGUAACGCUGUUGGUGUUCACCUUCAAUUUAGUUAACAUCUACUCAAGCAGGUUUUCAAGUUUAAAAACGAUUCCAACUCUUCUCCCAUCCAUCGACACCUUAGAUGACCAAGCCAGAAGUGGUCUCUCAUUGUUGCAGACGCAUGAAGCAUGUGUUUUCUCGUUGAUUCUACUGGACAAUCCUAUAAUUCAAACUCUGUUAUCCAGAUUCCAAGCCCGAUCUCCUUCAAUUUUGCGACUGUUAGCUGAUGAGGGUAACACUGCAUUCUUAAUCGGACGUUUGAAUAACGGCCAUUUCAUGAUCGGUGAAUGGAUCACCACGGAAAAUGUUCAUAACUACCAGCUCAUGAGGGAUGAUCUAAUAUUCAGCAAUCCUAACGAUCUAUUGGCAGAAUUGAAUAUACUAUCACCGAUUCCAAUAGUUAUCUUGGAGUUAAAUGGAAGUUCAGGAAUCAUUCUUACCGAUGAUCCACUGCUCACUGGGAUAGAUCUCGGAUGCGAUUCGUUCAUCGUACAUCAGGAUUCCAUUAUCAACUUCAUGGAUCAAUUUAUCGUGAGUCAUGAUGAAGCCACUUACAGGAAUCCUGAUAAAACGGUAAUUUUACUCAUGGAUGGAGUCCAAGUUGUAGAACAGAGCCUCCUCGAAGCACUACGCGAUCAUCCCAAUCUAGUGGAAAUUAUGAAACUACUUAUUCUGAAACCAUCUGCCAAUAUGGAAGCCAUUGAACUUUUGACACAUCGUUUUGUUGGGACUGUUGAAGAAUCCAUCGAUUUGCUUCAGUUGGACACCUUCGAUAUUCCGAGCAAUACCUUCCGUUAUGGGAAGCACUUAUUUCCAAAUAAGACCUCCAAUCUACGAGGGAAGCCUAUCCGGGUGACGACAUUUAAUAUUCCACCAUUCGUGAUUCUGCGAAAAAACGAAUAUUCUGAUCCUUUGGUAAAGUCUGGUAAUCAGAUCUAUCAAAUGGAUGGAGUCGACGGGCAAAUGAUGGUGGAGUUCUGUCGCCGGUACAACUGUUCGAUGGAAUUACAAAUUGAGGAUGUUGAUAUGUGGGGAAGAAUUAAUGCGAAUGGAGUAUUUGGCAAUCUGGUAGAAAGACAAUCCGAUGUUGGAUUAGGAGCGUUGGGUAAUUGGAACGAUCCAUUCAAGUAUCUGAUCUUUUCAAAGCCUCUGCAAAAAGGUGGUAUUACUUGCCUCACACCGAAACCGACGCUUCUACCAUCGUGGAGAGUGAUGUUAAUAGCUUUCUCAAUUCCGGUUUGGAUCCUAACAUUUUUAGUUUUUUUCAUUAUCGUUUUUUUGCAUCUUUUGAUGGAUCGAUUGAACCAAACUGAAAUGAACCAACAGAAUAUCGCUCGAAAUUUCCUAAAUUUAUUGGCUAUUUUCCUCCAACAAACGGUCAACAUUCGAAAGCCAAAUCCGUCGGGUGAUAUUUUAAAUGUCAUGUUGUUGAUGUUUACUUUUAAUUUAGUGAACACUUAUUCAAGUAGGAAUGCUAGUUUGAAAACUAUUCCACUUUUCGGACCGUCCAUAGAUACCAUAGAAGACCUAGCUCAGAGCGAUCUCAUAUGGCUGCAGAUGCAUGACACGUGGACACUUUCAUUAUAUUCGUCGGAGAACCCCACAAUCAUAAAACUGAUAUCCAAGUUCCGAGCCGAGUCCCCUCCAAUGCUGAGAGAGCUGGCUGAUCAGGGAAAUGUUGCUUUUGCAAUCGCUCGCUCGAAUAACGGGAAUCUCAUGAUCGGCGAAUGGAUAACCGCUGAAAACAUUCACAAAUAUCAAGUCAUGAAAGAAGAUUUGUUCUAUAAUUACGAUAUAUUCAUGGCAACAAAAACCUGGCCUCUGAUGGAACAGGUCAACAUGUUGGCGAUGCGAACAGUGGAAGCCAAUAUCCGUCAAUAUCAAGAAUUAAACGUGAUUUAUAAAUACGGUGAUUACUACGUUCAAACUGUAGUCGCUAAUUCUCGUUUGCGGGAACCGAAUGCACAUCGUCCUCUGAAUGUGACUGACAUUCUAGUUGGAUUUUUUGCCUUAGGAGCUCGAGCGCUUUUGGCAAUUAUUGCAUUUGUGAUGGAGAACUCGUCGUUUAAAUCAAAACGAAAGAUAUCAAAAAUAUGUUUUUAA